UUGACGUGUAGACCAAAUCAAAGACAAUGUUAAACCUUUGUACAUUUUUUAUACACCUUCUACCGCUGCUGUGGAUCUCCUUACAAGUUUUCGAUUUUUAUGCCACCCGGUGGAAUACCAAGGUGGCAAAGGAUUCAGACAAAACAAUGUGUUCAUCUGAAUGGUGUGGGAGGCAUGACAUAAGGCAUCCUUUCAGGCUGAAUAAUAGUAGUCCAAGCUAUUGUGGUGACCACAGGUACACCCUCUCUUGCGAGAAUGAUAACCAACUCUUUCUCUAUCUCAAAUCAAUCAAGUUCCAAGUGCAAUCAAUUAACUACAACAACUACACAAUUCGACUAGUAGAUGCCAAUGUUGCCCUGCAUAGCCAUGAUCACUCAUACCUCCUUCCUUAUUCUUUAACCUCCUCCAACUUCACCAGUGCCCAAGAUGAACCAUAUGAUGAUUGGUUCUAUAAACAGCAUCAUUUAGUUGAUGUUAUUAGAUUGACAAAGCAGAUGGUAUAUUUGAUGAGGUGCCCACCAUAUGGAGUAGAAUCUUCUUCUGCUGUUGCAACUUGCAUGAAUGGAUCCUAUGCGCUUGGGAGUACAUUCUAUGUAAGUGAUAUUGAUAAAACUCUCCAGGAUUUGGCGGUCAGAGACUCGUGUCAUAUAGAGUGCAUAUAUCUGACUUCAUGGCCUGCUGAAAUCAAACACAGAAAUAAUUCAUGCACAGACAUCCAUCAUAUGCUGCUCUACGGGUUUGAACUUUCUUGGUUGAAAGUAUAUUGCAAGUUUAAGGCCAUGCUCACUGAUCAUAACAAAGUCAUUUGUUAUAAGCCUUCACUUAUACCUAAAAGUUUCCUAGACUCAAUGUAUGUUGAGGUUCUAAUGGCUGGAACGGUUUUAUUUGCUCUUGCCAAAUUUGCACUUGGAGCUCCAAGCAUCAUUAUCUUCUGCAUAUAUAAAUGGAGACGGAGGCAUUUAUCCAUAUAUGAUAGUAUCGAAGAUUUUCUGCGAAGUGACAAUAACAUUAUGCCAAUUAGAUACUCCUACAAAGAAAUCAAGAACAUAACUGGAAAGUUCAAGACUAAACUAGGAAAUGGAGGCUAUGGCUCUGUCUUCCAAGGAAAACUUCGAAGCGGUCGUCUUGUAGCUGUUAAGGUAUUGAAUAAGGCCGAAUCCAAUGGCCAGGAGUUCAUCAAUGAAGUUGCUACUAUUGGAAGAAUUCACCAUGUUAAUGUGGUGCAACUCAUUGGUUUCUGUGUGGAGGGAUCAAAGCGUGCUCUCAUAUACGAGUUGAUGGAAAAUGGAUCACUAGAAAAAUACAUAUUUUCCCCUCAAGACAAGGCUUCCUUAAGUUGUAAAGAGCUCCACUCCAUUUCCCUUGGAGUAGCACGUGGUAUUGAAUACUUGCAUAAUGGCUGUGACAUGAAAAUUCUGCACUUUGACAUCAAACCUCACAACAUUCUUUUGGAUGAGAACUUUAAUCCAAAAGUCUCUGAUUUUGGACUUGCAAGGCUAUCUCCCACUGAUAAAAGCAUUGUGUCUCUGACUGCGGCAAGAGGAACCAUAGGGUACAUGGCUCCUGAGCUUUUCUACAGAAAUGUUGGCGCAAUCUCAUACAAAGCCGAUGUCUAUAGCUUUGGGAUGUUGUUAAUGGAGAUGGCUAGCAGAAGGAAGAAUUUGAAUACACAGACUGAAAAUUCGAGCCAAAUAUAUUUUCCCUUUUGGGUUUAUGAUGAAUUGCAGGAUGGAAGGGAAAUAACAAUAGAAAAUGAUUCAGAUGAAGAGAUGAAGUUGGCAAAAAGAAUGAUGAUUGCGGCAUUGUGGUGUAUACAAACAAAGCCUAAUGAUCGACCUUCAAUGAAGAGAGUUGUGGAGAUGCUAGAACAAGAUGAUGACUUAGAAAUGCCUCCAAAACCAUACUUCUACCCACUUGAUGCACCCACAGAAGAGAAUGGUGAAGAUAAUACAACUCAAAACAGUUCAAAAUUAUCCUCUGAUGACGUCUCUUCAGUCAGUGAUUCAAAGGAAUAUCUGCGUAUUGUAAAUACACAGUUUGCGUAUUGUCAGUACAAUACGUGUUCUGCGUAUUGUGUUUGCCCAGAACAGCGCCCCCAUAACACUACCAAAUUAAAGAAAAUGUUAAACCUUUGUUCAUUUUUUAUACCCCUUCUACUGCUUCUGGGGAUCUUCUUAAACAUUUUGAAUAUUUAUAAUGACAUCCGGCGGAGUAACAAGGUGGCAACCGAUGCAGACAAAAUGUGUUCAUCUGGGUGGUGUGGGAGGCAUGACAUAAGGCACCCUUUCAGGCUGAAUAAUAGUACUCCAAGCCCCUGUGGUGACCUCAGGUACACCCUCUCUUGCGAGAAUGAUAACCAACUCUUUCUCUAUCUCAAAUCAAUCAAGCUCAAAGUGCACUCAAUUAACUACAACAACUACACAAUCCGACUAGUAGAUUCCAAUGUUGCCCUGCAUAGUCAUGAUCACUCUUACCCCCUUCCUUGUUCUUUAACCUCCUACAACUUCACCCGCGCCCAAGAUGAACUAUAUCAAGAUCGCUUCUAUACACAGCAUCAUUCUAUUGAAGUUAUUAGAUUGACAAAGCAGAUGUUAUAUUUGGUGAGGUGUCCACCAUAUGGAGUUGAAUCUUCUGCUGCUGCUGAAACUUGCAUGAAUAAUGGAUCAUCCUAUGUGCUUGGGAGUACAUUCUAUGUCAGUGAUCUUGACAAGCGUCUCCAGGAUUUGGCAUUCGGAGACUCGUGUCAUAUAGAGUGGAUGUAUGUGACUUCAUGGCCUACUGAAAUCAAACACAGCAAUAUUUCAUACUCAGACAUCCAUCAUAUGCUGCUCUAUGGGUUUGAACUUUCUUGGUUGAAAGGAUAUUGCAAUAACGAGACAUUAUUUGCCAUGCUCGCUGAUCAUCAUAACAACAUCAUUUGUUUUAACAAUUAUUACCAAAGCUCCCCACUUCAAAAUUUCCUAUUCUCAAUGUAUGUUGUGGUUCUAAGGGCUGGAACGAUUUUAUUUGUUCCUGCCAAAUUUUCACUUGGAGCUCCAUGCAUCAUUAUCUUCUGCAUAUAUAAAUGGAGACGAAGGCAUUUAUCCAUAUAUGACAGUAUCGAAGAUUUUCUGCGAAGCGACAAUAACAUUAUGCCAAUUAGAUACUCCUACAAAGAAAUCAAGAACAUAACUGGAAAGUUCAAGACUAAACUAGGAAAUGGAGGCUAUGGCUCUGUCUUCCAAGGAAAACUUCGAAGCUGUCGUCUAGCAGCAGUCAAGGUAUUGAAUGAGGCCAAAUCCAAUGGCCAAGAAUUCAUCAAUGAAGUUGCUACUAUUGGAAGAAUUCACCAUGUUAAUGUGGUGCAACUCAUUGGUUUCUGUGUAGAGGGAUCAAAGCGUGCUCUCAUAUACGAGUUGAUGGAAAAUGGAUCACUAGAAAAAUACAUAUUUUCCCCUCAAGACAAGGCUUCCUUAAGUUGUGAAGAGCUCCACACCAUUUCCCUUGGAGUAGCACAUGGUACUGAAUACUUGCAUAAUGGGUGUGACAUGAAAAUUCUGCACUUUGACAUCAAGCCUCACAACAUUCUUUUGGAUGAGAACUUCAAUCCAAAAGUCUCUGACUUUGGACUUGCAAGGCUAUCUCCCACUGAUAAAAGCAUUGUGUCUAUGACUGCAGCAAGAGGAACCAUAGGAUACAUGGCUCCUGAGCUCUUCUACAGAAAUGUUGGCGCAAUCUCGUACAAAGCUGAUGUCUAUAGCUUUGGGAUGUUGUUAAUGGAGAUGGCUAGUAGAAGGAAGAAUUUGAAUGCACAGACUGAAAAUUCCAGCCAGAUAUAUUUUCCCUUUUGGGUUUAUGAUGAAUUGCAGGAUGGAAGGGAAAUAACAAUAGAAAAUGAUUCAGAUGAAGAGAUGAAGUUGGCAAAAAGAAUGAUGAUUGUGGCAUUGUGGUGUAUACAAACAAGGCUUAAUGAUCGACCUUCAAUGAAGAGAGUUGUGGAGAUGCUAGAACAAGACGAUGACUUAGAAAUGCCUCCAAAACCAUACUUCUACCCACUUGAUGCACCCACAGAAGAGAAUGUUGAACAUACUACAUCUCAUAAUAGUUCAAAGUUAUCCUCUGAUGACAUCUCUUCAGUCAGUGAUUCAAAGGAAUAGAAAUGAUCUAUUGUUGCUUGCUCUGUAUCUAACUAGCUUGUGUCUUUGGCUAUGUCAUCUAUAUUAGUAUUUCUGAUGUAUAUGAUGACAAUAAAUUCGUUCUUAUGUCCUCUAGAUUACAUUAUUAUCUUCACAUUU